UUUGGGUCCAGGAGGAGAGGUGAUGAUAGGUCGAGCAGUGAGGUUGUAGCUGGAAGACUGCGUCACUCACCGCGAUGACUGUGGGAACUCUUUAUGCUGUUCUGCCAUUGUAAGGCGGGCGGAGCCAGGUCUCGUGCCGACACCCCGGGUUGUCAUUUCUGGUUUUGCGAGUACUUUACCUUCUUGAAUGAAUCAAGUUAUCCAUGUCCCGCUACAUGUCUCCACUUCGUGAAUUGUACUUCUAGCCCCACCUCCAUGAUACUUUGUCACGAGUGGAAGAAACGAACGCCCUCCUCCUAAUACCCCUUCAAUUAAGCAAGAGGGAGGACGCAGAAAGGAGAGACAGGGGCAGAUACGCACAAGCGCCUGGAAAAAUAAGGCUCAAUCCGGUGCGCAACACCAAGGCAUGAGAUUUGCGUGAAGCAGCGACUUUUGCACGCUAUCCCGGGAGGACUCCGUUCAAGUGACCCCGUUUUCUUUGUGAAGAAGUUGAAUCAAACAGCUGGAUUCUGUUAUAUCGAUUGCCAUGGGCUCCAAAAGGCACCGUUCAAAGACUACGGCGACUUUGCGCUUCACGAGCUGCUCUCCAAUGGGACUUUCGCUGUUGCUUCUUCUACCUUUGUGUGUUGCCUUCAACUUGGAUGUGGACAACCCAGCGGUGUAUAAAGGACCCAGCGGCAGUCAUUUCGGCUACUCGGUGGACUUUUACAUGUUCGAGUCGAGUGUGAGUAUUAUUAUCGGAGCGCCCAAAGCCAACACCAGCCAGCCCAACAUCAGAGAGGGAGGAUCUGUCUUCUACUGUCCAUGGAGUCUCAACCAAUCAAAAUGCAGCAGCAUCGAAUUCGAUCCGUACGGUGAUCUAAACCUGACGGUCAACUUCACACCGCACCAGGGAGAGUUCAAAUCCCACCAGUGGUUCGGAGCAACAGUACGAGUCCAUGAAGAUAGUGUCCUGGCUUGUGCUCCUCUGUACUCAUGGAGGGGCAUGGAGAACACGCCUGAGGCCUAUGCUACCGGAUCAUGUUAUCUGUCAGUCCAAAAUUUCACCAAGUUUGUGGAAUAUGCUCCAUGUCGCACAGAAACCGGUGAAAGUGAAAGCCAAGGUUAUUGUCAGGGCGGAUUCAGUGCUGAUUUUACACGGGAAGGAAAGGUUGUGCUUGGAGGACCCGGCAGUUACUUCUGGCAGGGUCAAGUGAUCACAGCAGUCAAAGAAGAAAUAGUCAAGGCUUAUUACCCAGGAUACUUCCUCACAUCGGUGAAAGGGCUCAGUCAGACCAAACCGAUAAAAGAAAUCACCUUUGACGACACCUACAUGGGUUACUCUGUGGCUGUGGGCAACUUCAGUGGAGGUGAUAAAGAAGACAUUGUGACUGGGGUUCCCAGGGGACUUAAACUGCACGGACAGGUUUCCAUUCUGAAUGGCUCUCUGGACAUGUUGAAGAACUUUACUGGCGAGCAGAUGGGAUCCUACUUCGGUCAUGCUGUGGCAUCUGCUGAUAUCAACAAUGAUGGUUUGACGGAUCUGCUUGUUGGAGCGCCCAUGUUCAUGGUUCGAGAUUCUGAUGGGCGUUUGGAGGAGUUGGGUCGUGUUUACGUGUACCUGCAGAACGGACCUCUGGACCUCACGCCUCAGCUACCUCACCUCACCGGCACAUAUAUGUCCGGCCGGUUUGGCAGCUCCAUCGCUCCUCUCGGAGACCUCAACCAAGAUGGCUACAACGAUGUGGCCAUCGGUUGUCCGUUCGGUGGGGAGAACAAACAAGGAUUGGUCUUCAUCUAUAAUGGAUUCGCUGGAGGUCUCCGAGAAAAGCCGUCUCAGGUGAUCGCUGGCCAAUGGGCUUCAUCCGAAUCGUCAAAUUUCCCUGCCAUUUUCGGAUACGCCCUUCGUGGAGGUGAAGAUUUGGAUUACAACGGGUACCCGGAUCUCAUUGUGGGUGCGUUUGGUGCAGACGCCGCUGUUCUGUACAGAUCUCGUCCUAUUGUAAAUACAAGUGCAACCCUGAGUGUCUAUCCAACUAUUAUUAAUCCUGAAGAGAAACUUUGCAUCUUUAGGCACGGGACUGAGACUAAGCACGUUUCCUGUGUAAACCUGAGCUUCUGUCUCUCAGCCAAUGGGAAGCACCUACCAAAUCAUCUCGAGUUCAAUGUUGAAGUUCAGCUGGAUCAUCUGAAGCAGCAGCAGAAGGGAGCCGUACGGAGAGCUCUGUUUUUGGACACGCAGCUUCCAAGUCUACAGAGGACGUUAACCGUGCCGAAUGGAGCCAGAGUCUGUAGUGACACCAAGAUCUACCUGCGGGAUGAGAAAGAAUUCAGGGACAAGCUGUCUCCCAUCUUCGUCUCUCUCAACUUCAGCAUGAAUCCGCAAUCCGCUGCAGACAUGCACGGACUGCGGCCCAUCCUCAACUACCAGACGGCACAGCUCAUCGAACAGAAAGCCCAGAUUUUACUGGACUGUGGAGAGGACAACAUCUGCGUCCCUGACCUGAAACUCUCCGUGCACGGGGACAGGAAGGAAGUCUACAUGGGUGACGACAACUCUCUGACUCUGACUUUCAACGCAAAGAACGACGGAGGUGGAGCGUAUGAAGCAGAGCUGUAUGUGGUCCUGCCACCAGAGGCCGACUACAUCGGAAUUGGGCGUAAUAAUGAGAGUUUGACCCAACUGACCUGCAGUUACGAGACGGAAAAUCAAACCCGUUAUCUCAGCUGUGACCUGGGCAACCCCAUGAAAUCUGGCACCAGUUUAUGGGCCGGACUGCGCUUCACGUUGCCUCGUCUGAAGGACACACACGACUUUGUGCAGUUUGACCUGCAGAUCCGUUGUAAGAAUGAAAAUAACUCCCAGAGUGAAGUCGUCCCCUACAAGUUGGAGGUGGUGGUCCGGUCUGAUGUUAUUCUACUGGGCGUCUCCCGACCAGACAAGGUCAUCUUCCCCCCUCCAAACUGGAAGCUUGCCAAGAAUGUGAUUGUGGAACAGGAUGUCGGACCCUCCGUCCAGCACACUUACGAGCUGGUGAACAAUGGGCCGAGUCGCAUCAGUCACACAGUCCUGCAGCUCAAGUGCCCCAUGAGGCUUCAAAGUAACAGGUUCAUUUACCCUCUGGAGGUCACGACUGAGGGCCCUGUUAACUGCACCACCCACAACAUAGUCAACCCCUUGAAGCUGAAGCUGCAGCAGUCCUCAACCGAGCAGCCUCCCUUACGAGACGGGGCGCACGGGCAUCACAUCGAGAAGAGGGAAACGCACAAGGGCGAGCUGUCUCAAAUGGCCAAUCUGUCUUGCUCCAGUGUGGAUUGUUGGACGUUAACGUGUGACGUUGGCCUGUUGGAGAGAGGGACGAGUGCCAUACUGCACGUUCACUCGCGGAUCUGGGCCGAAACAUUCAUGGAGAAUCCAUACAAGACCUUUGUUUUAGAGUGUCUUGCAAGUUACAAAGUAGAAAAGAUGCCCUAUGCUAUUUUGCCCAAGGUGACUCCUAGCGGUGCCAAAAAGAUGGUCACUCCUGUGCUCUGGAACAAAAUAGGCAGUACAUAUGCUGUACCUCUGUGGAUCAUCAUUCUGGCUAUUCUUGCCGGCCUUUUACUGCUCGCCCUGCUCAUUUAUGUCCUCUACAAGCUCGGCUUCUUCAAGAGGACUCAGUACGGCACAGCUAUGGAAAAAGCCCAGCUCAAACCUCAGGCCACCUCUGAGGCCUAAACUACACGGAGAACACACGCCAAAGAAUGUUUUUAACCAGAAGCCAUCAAAGAAAAGGUUCAUUGGUGUUUAAAAAACAAAGACGAGACUGCAGUAGAGGAAUGUGGAGGAAAGAUCACUGGACCUUCACUCUACUGCGCUAUGGGACGAGACCCUGAGGCCUUCACGCCAAAUGAAUGUUGUGUUGAUUUUAUUUUUCUUGCUGUGGGUUUCGAUUUUAAACCACCACUUAUAGCCUACCACUCGCAGACAGUUUGGGUUAAUCUGAACGGAAAAGCGCAACCAAUGAGAAUCUCUCUUACAGAUCUGGCCCAGGACUGACACUCAACUGCACUAAUACGUUUUUACCUUUACAAUUUCACUUAGUUGUUGGUUUUAGUCCGCACCUCCUCAUAUGUUUUAAACAUUUAAGAUGCGUAAGCAAUCCACAGUGUAGCACCAAAAACCAAAGAGUUUGAUACAGGUGUGUAAUUUUUGUUUGUUUGUUUGUUUGUUUGUUGUGUUUUGAACGUGAGAAUGAGGUAGCAUACCUCACCAUGGACCCUUGUCUCCAUGUUCCUGCUGUUGUGUUUUAACAAAGACAUUGUAAAUGUUUUGUGUUUCGUCGUGUGAGCGUUUUCGGUUUGAAUGAGAUGUUUUCAGCUCAGUCGCCUCCUCCAAAGAAAAGUUGGUUUCGGUCUCAGGUGAUACGGUGGAAAAGCGGCACACCGGUCCGGUGCCGUGCAUUUCCAUGGAAACAUUGUUUCCAUUGUCUUUACGGAAGGCGACCGCUCUUCCUUUCCGCCCUGUCAGAGGAGGACAACAAGAAACGUUGUCCCCGGCUCUGGGAUGAUGGGGCGGAGAUCCCCGCUGACUGUCAACCGUUCUGUUGUCUUACUAAGUUAUUAGUAACAAGCAGUAGCGUUGCCUUUGUAGUCAUCUGGGACACAACUGGAUCCACAUCGAGCCUGUGAAACCUUGAAGCAGAGCUGUGCUUUGCCAUAACACUAAUAGACUCUUUGGACCGCUGUUGACUUGGAAUGAGAAGUCUGUUUGUCGGUGCACAUGCAGGUCACACAUUAGUAUAACAUGCAUAGACAACUGACUGAAAGCGUACCCGUUCCAAGGCAGCAGUCACUCAUCCAGGGACUGAAUGUUGAAAUACACCUGUAAAGUUUCUUCUGUUGAAUGUGUGUGUGAGGAGAAGACGUGGAGAUAUGAGAAACUGAGACUUUCGUCCGAAUGCUCAGCUCGUGGGGCUUCACAGUAAGUGACAUCAGAGAGUAAAAAUGCUUUUGUACUUCAUGGUGCUAAAGUGGCCAAACAAGAAGAUAUCGCAAUCACCUAUCACGAAAUUCUUGUCUCGUCGAGCCACUUUGAAAGGGAAAGCAUUUCCCACGGUGGAAUGUGUAGGACAUGUAUGGAAGUGCAAUAUAUUUUAAUCUGUUUCAACCUUUUUGUCAUGUGUAUAUUAAUACUUUAUUUCGGUUAAGUUUUCUGGAAUUCUAAUUAUUUGAAGACAACACCCGGUUUGAGGGUUGAAAUUAGCCCAGACGUUAGGGUAGUUCUAAAAACAGUACACUGUUUAUACUGGAGUCAAAAACAAUUGCCAAAAAUAUUAAAAUUAGAUUUUUUUGUAUUAAAAGCGAUUUUUAUUCACAAUGGGAUUGUGCUGUAAAUGGUAACCAACAAAACUCUCUCGUCACUGAAUUGAGACUGUUUAUUGUAUUUUGGCUGAAGCGUGGCUUUAUGAGCAGAUGCUGCAGAUUUUACUGCGACACUCCUAGAUGGCACAAAACCAACAAACGCAGAGACCACUUGAAACCUCGGUGAUGUUUUUUUAUGUUUUGAAUCUCUUGUACAUUUUCAAAAACAUUAUUUAUUCCUCCAAAAGUUAAAUUGUUAACCUGAGAUUUUUGCUUUCGAACACUGGCUAGGUCUUCUUACUUUUAUCCCAUAAAAAACGCCCAAAAUUAUUUUCUUUCUUUUUUUUAGCUGUAAAUGUGUCUGGUGAGGAGAUUUUAUUGUAAUUUUUAGCUGAUUUCACAUGGUAUUUCAUCGCCCCAUAUUGGGGAGAAUCAGAGGGAUGUUCAAGUAAUUAUUUGUAUUUACAGUUUGCAUUUUAAAAUAAAUCUUUUUGUACAAAUUC